GUUCUUGUGCUUUGUUUUUAACUUUUUAUUCGAGGUUUUUAUUUUUUCUUUGGCAACUUCGUUUUUUAUUAGGAGUUGGGAUUUAAUGAGGAUAUUCAUCGAUCUCUCCAUAUAUAUAAAAGAGGCGAGAGGCAUGCAAGGAUAUCCAUCUGCAUCGACGCCUCCCUCUUCCCAAGGUUCCAUAACUCGCAACCACUCAGCCAGUCAACCUGAUCAUCCAUCUCCCAGCUUCCUGAAAGCCCAUACAAAGAAAGAUGCCGGCAUCUUCUCUCAAUCCCGAUGGGCUCACCUCGGCGCUUCUUCCUCCCCAAAGGAAAUCCGCCGGAUACUAUGAAAAGAUGGGUGUCGACGAUAUGCUUCAGAAAUACUGUGGAGAGUUCGGACGCUGGCAAUUGAGACACUUCGUUCUCACGAGCUUGGCAUGGGCCCUGGAAGCUUUUCACACCAUGGUCAUGAUCUUCGCGGACUGGGAACCGGCUUGGCACUGCACGGGGACUCUUCCCGAUCCCGGUUGUUCGUCGGCACAGAACGUCUGUGGGUUGAAACCGGGUUCGUGGGAGUGGAUCGGCGGAUCAAGGAGCUCUACGGUGUCGGAGUGGGGUCUCAUCUGUGGAAAAAAGUAUAUGGUUGGACUGGCACAGUCGACUUUCUUCGCCGGCUGUAUGGUUGGUGCUGGAAUAUUUGGCCAUCUCUCGGAUUCUUUCCUCGGGAGGAAAGGCUCUCUAAUGGUGGUUUGCAUCAUGAACGCUGUUUUUGGUUGCUUAACGGCCCUGUCCCCAGCUUACUGGGUCUACGUCGUUCUUCGUUUCCUCACUGGCUUCAGCACGGGUGGUGUGGGUCUCUGUGCCUUCGUCCUCGCCACUGAACCUAUCGGCCCUACCAAGCGCGGCUUUGCCGGAAUGUCCACUUUCUACUUCUUCUCGUCCGGAAUUGCUCUACUUUCCGGGAUAGCAUAUAUCUUCCAGUCGUGGCGCGCUCUCUAUGUUGCAUCCUCCGUCCCCUCUAUCCUCUACCUAGUUGCAGUGAUCCCCUUCAUCUCUGAGUCACCUCGCUGGUAUCUUGUUCGAGGCAAGGUGGACCAUGCCAUGAAGAUCAUGAGUAGCAUUGCUGAAUCCAAUGGAAAACAGCUACCCGACGGGGUUCGCCUGGCCCUGGACGAUGAGCUCAUGAACGCCGGCGCCAAUGUCUCAAACGACACGCAAAAGAACUGCAAGCAGGCAGUGACAGUGAAAGAGGCUGUUGCAACAGGAUCCCUACUUGAUGUCAUCCGAUCACCCCUCACCCGUGUGCGCCUAUUCCUAACCAUAGCCAUCAACUUCGUGUGUUCUGUUGUAUACUACGGACUCAGCUUGAACGUCGUCAACCUGAAAACUAAUCUCUACCUCAGCGUGCUCCUCAACGCCGUUGCGGAGAUGCCAGCAUUCCUGAUAACCGCAAUUCUGUUGGACAGGUUUGGAAGGAAACCACUGGCGAUUGGGACGAUGUUGUUUAGCGGAGUGUUUUGCUGGGCGGGGGGCGUCGUGAGGAACUACGGAGUAGGGAAGGUGGUAAGGAUGGUGUGUGGGAUCUUGGGGAUAUUUGGGAUGGCCGGGACCUACAACUUGUUGUUCAUAUACACAGCUGAGCUGUUUCCGACUGUGGUUAGGAAUGCAGCACUGGGGUGUGCGACACAGGCUGCGCAGAUGGGAGCGAUACUGGCACCUUUGGUGGUGGUUUUGGGUGGGGGAUUGCCAUUUGCAGUCUUCGGAGCAUGUGGAACUCUCGGGGCUCUGCUUGCAUUCUAUCUGCCUGAGACUCUGAACCAGCCGUUGUAUGACACCUUGGCCGGAAUGGAAGACGGAAGGAUAGGUGUUUGAACUUUUACAUAUGUAUACCAGUGAGAAAUCAGGCUAGGCCCUGCUGCAGGCUGAUUUUGUGAUUUUAUGCGCGUCUAGGAUGAGCAAAUUAUUAAGUUUUGAUCGAUUUGGUUCUUCCAAAUGCAUUUCUGUUUUCUUUUCACCUUAAAUGACGUACUACACAAACACAACAAUGAGGAAUUGAUGCUGAGAGUACAAUUGUACAAAGUAGGCGUUGACUAAGAAGUCGAAUUGCUUUCG